AUGUCCGCAUCUCCGCCCAACCUGCAAUCGACCAAGCGCCCGCUUGAGGAUCCCUCAUCUCCCUCGGGUCCAAAUGACCAACCCGAAGCCAAGCGUCCAGCGCUCGACAAGGUAGCACGCAACGACGCUGACGCCGAGGCCGAGGUUCAGGCUGAGGUAUCUACCGAGAAGCCCUCCACUUCUGAGGAGUCCAAGGACACUCAGGGUGAUACUGUUGUUCCGGAUGCACCCAACGGCAAGGCCCAAGCAGACACCCAACCUAUUCAGUCUACUGCUUCCCAGGGUGAGCGAACCGGUUCUCAGCCCGACAACCAGCCCUCCCAGGAUGAGUCAAGCUGGAUCCACAUUCGUGCCGUGAUUUCCAGUCCCGAGGCUGCCACUGUUAUUGGCAAGGGAGGUGAGAAUGUGUCCCAGAUUCGUCGUAUGUCUGGCGCCAAGUGCACCGUCAGCGAUUACUCCCGGGGUGCUGUCGAACGGAUCUUGACCGUGAGCGGUGCCCAGGACGCCGUCGCCAAGGCCUUUGGUCUUAUCAUCCGCACAUUGAACAAUGAGCCCAUCGACGCUCCUUCCACUGCCCAAUCCAAGACUUACCCUCUGCGUUUGCUAAUCCCCCACAUUCUUAUUGGAUCCAUCAUCGGCAAGGGCGGGAGCCGUAUUCGCGAGAUUCAGGAGGCAUCUGGUGCACGACUCAAUGCCUCCGAUGCGUGUCUACCUCUCUCGACUGAGCGCUCUUUGGUCAUUCUCGGUGUCGCCGAUGCUGUCCACAUUGCCACCUACUACGUGGCCGUGACUCUGGGCGAGCAGUUGACCGAGCGAUUUGGCGGUCCCGCCGCAUCAGCCUAUGCCACGCGCAGUGGUGGACCCGCCGGUGCUGUGCCUGGUGGCAUGCAGGUGGUUCCGUACGUCCCUCAGCCCGCCGGGGGUCAGUAUGGACACCCUGACACGUUCAAGCGCAACCAUCCCCAUCCUAACCGCGGCCAGCCUGGUGCAUAUGGUGUGCCCUACCUGCAAGGUCAGGCUCCCGCCCCCGUGGCUCAACCUGCGAUGCCCUACGGCGCUGCUGCUCACACCCCCUACGCCGGUGCUGCCCCCCACCAGCCAGCCCCCUACGUGGGUGGUCCUCAGCCUCCUGCCGGCCGUGGAGGUGCCCCGACUGCUCCUGCCCCCGUUGGUGGUGCCAUGCCCGGUCAGCCAUUGACUCAACAGAUCUAUAUUCCCAAUGACAUGGUUGGUGCUAUCAUUGGUAAGGGCGGUGCCAAAAUCAACGAGAUUCGCCACCUGAGUGGUAGCGUGAUCAAGAUCAACGAGCCUCAGGAGAACAGCAAUGAGCGCCUGGUUACCAUCACUGGUACCCAGGAAUGCAACCAGAUGGCGUUGUACAUGCUCUACUCACGACUUGAGAGCGAGAAGCAUCGUGUCUGA